ACAGAAUGCAUCUGUUCCCGGCUCUCUGGACGCCCCGUGCAGCGUGCAGCAGCGUGAUGAGUCGCUGGUUCUCAUGAAGCUUCGGUUGGGUGUUUCUCUUUAAUUCUGCGGCAUCCCUCUCACUGUAUGCGGGCCUGCUGCUGCUCUGGAGGAGGGCGGGCCGUGAGGACGACGAGCACAUAUCGGACAGUAAAACUAACUGAUGCGACAUGCACGCACUUUGGGGGUGAUUUGAGCACGCAAUCUCGACUAACUUCGUUUUGCAAUGAUUGGAUUUGGGAAUGGCACGCGGAGCUGCAACUUGAUCACAGGCCCAGGUCUACUGUCUGGAGACUGACCUCGGGUAAACCCUCAGAGGCUCCGCGGACUUUGGAGAUAUUCUGCAGAGGUGUUUUUGCGCAGUACUGAAACUCUGGCGCUACACAAAGGGGGGAUGAUCUCAAAAUCAACUGACAGUACUGAGUGAAGUACGAUUUAAAGGACACAGAGGCAAGCUCGUGUAGCGGUUGCAAGAUGAUGUCGUUGAUAGAUUUGGAUGAUGAUCAGCGAUGGGUGCCCACUCAUGUCAAUGUCACCGUCCUCCGGGCUAGAGGAUUGCGAACCAAGGGCAAGCACGGCAGCCGCUACCUCUACACCAUCUUCCAGGUGGGGAAGGAGAAGUACAACACCGGUCUGGUGGAGAAGGCGGAGGUGCCCGAGUGGAACGAGGAGUGCUGCUUCGAGCUGCUCCCCGGGAUCCUGGAGGACUGUGGCCGGAGCGCCUACCCCCCGGGGAGCGGUGACCUGGUGCUCACCGUCAUGCACCGCGUGCUCAUCGGACUCGACGUGUUUCUCGGUCAAGCCAUCAUUCCUCUUGAUAAAAUAUUCCAGGAGGGAAUAUGUCCUCGAGAUGAAUGGUUCAAGCUCAACUCUCGGGCGGGCAGAAAGGAGAAGGAACGUGGUGAACUUCAGGUAACAGUCCAGUUCACUCGCAACAACAUGACAGCCAGCAUGUUCGACCUCACCAUAAAGGACAAGCCCCGCUCUGCUUUUGGCAAGCUCAAGGAUCGCGUCACAGGGAGGAAGAGGGGGGACGUGGAGUCUUCCUCAGCCAUCGUGCCAGGCCGCUUCGCCGCCCUGUCAGGAUCCCUUGGGCAGCCAUUUGGAGAUGAGAUGGGCGGAGGUGAGUCUCCAGAUGUGGAGAUAGCAGAGGAAAAGAGGAGCAAGAUGAAAGAUUUUUUCAAAGGGAGGCUGCGCAAGUCGUCUGACACCAGGUCAUGCUCGUCGCUGGCUUCAGAGAGUAGCGUGUCGUCCAUGGUCAGUGAUAACCCCGGCCCUCCGCCCAGCCUGGAUCUGAUGUCGGACCCUCCCAGCUCUCCCAUCUACACGAGCAAAGUGAGAGUGGACACCCAUUACGGAGAGACAGCUUUAGCUAAACAAGUGCUCACCAGCCAGCACACCACUAAGGUUCUCACACACAAGCGAGCCUUCAGCGAUGAGGCCAGUAAGAUCACGACCGCCUUCCCUCGAUCAAAUCUAGCAGUGGAGUCUCUGAAGGGUCAGACCAUGACGCAGUCCAAGUCUUCCUUGUGUAUAAAUGGCAGCCACGUCUACGACUCCGAGCCAUCGACUCCAAAGAGCUCAGGAGCUCACCAGUCCAAGCUGGUGCUGCUGGAGAAAUGCUCCCCGCUGUCUCGUUCCCUGCAGAACCUCACCAAGAGAAGCGAGGACAAAGGUUCCUUUGCCGAUGGCCGACGCUGGUCCUUUGACAAGAUAAAGAAAGAGGAUAAAGAGGACGAAAAGGAAGCUCAGGCCUCGUCCCUCCAAAUUCAGCAAGCUCAGAUGGGGGGUCGCGCUGCGCAGGCAGAUAUGCCGGCCGUCUCUUCUACUGUUGUUUCCCCUGACAAAGGGAGGAAGCUAAGAAAGACGUUAUUCUCUGGUGGAAGGAGUGAUUCCCUCCCAGCUAAGUCAGACCUGAACCAGGCUGGUUCGACAUCUGAGGGGAGGCUCAGAGGCUGGUUUGGCUCCGGUGAUUCCCAGACCAAGCCAAGGCUGGAAGUUUCUCCUAAGGUAGAAAGCAGCUCAGACGUACCCCCUCCCCUCCCUCCUCGCUCCCCUGUACCCCCUCAGUGCUCCUCUCCCUCUGCCUCCCCCUCCGAUCAUGUCUCACCUGAUGACUGCAAUCACACCAACCCCUUCACCCCCUCUUCCUCUCCCUCCUCAACCCCCAUCUCCCCCUCUAACCCUUUCCCCUCUCGUAUGCAACGCAACCCCUUUUUCGAGGAUCUCAUAGCAGAGGAGUCACAGAGGUCUCCUACUUUUGCGCCUGGCUCCUCAUCCAGCUCAUCUCCCUUUCAUUACACUACUCUGCCCUCCCAAACCUGCACACCCAGCCCUGCUUGUGAAGCUAAAGCUACAAAUAUGGCUUACAUAAAGCGGGAGCGCCCCAGGCCAGUAGCUAGGCAGAUAUCUCUCCCUGCAUUAUUACCCAAAUCAGCCACACCAAACUCCUCCGCCCCUCGCUCCAUGUCAGAGAGUGCGGGAGAAAUGGAUGACUCGUUUGAUGCUUUCGCCUCCAGCAGGCUCUACUCACCUAAAGGGAAUCUUCCUCAGAAACAGCUGAGAACCAGUCCAACGCCAUCUCACAGACAUAGUUAUCUUCCAGUUAAUAACAACACCAAUAAUCACGCACAAGAGCUGCAAACAUGUGAAGAGAAGCCUCCACCUUUGCCUCCAAGGAGACCUUUAAGAACUUCAGUGAAUGAGAUUUACUCUGAUGGCUGGCUGCACAGAGGUCAAGAGCUGGCUGUCCAUAAAGAAGCCUACCUCCUCUCGCAGACCGGCGUGGCCUCGCUGCAACGUGGAAGAGAAGCAGAAGGCAAAAGAAACAGCGUAUCUCCAGACCCUCACACCAGCAGCGAGACCUCCGACUCCCUCAGCGUUAACUCUCAGACAUACGCAAACGUUAGUCCGUCAGGAUUCACGUCUGAAGAGAAGCUCAAAAAGUUCAAAUAUGAACCUUUGGAAGAUGAAACCGACCGCUGGGGAGGGAUGUUGUUUGAGCAAGACUUGUAUGGACGACGGAUGUGCAGAGGAAACUACGGACAACCCAACGUAAAUCGUUUAUCGUUGAAUGCUGAAGAAACUCCUGGAAAUAAGAUGACAUCUGUGAACUCAGGACCUAAAAUACUUCUUGAUAGUGACAUAUCUGUUACAGACCUUUUGGACAUGUCAUCUACUUCCUCACAGCCAGUUGCAAAAGUACAAGAUAUUACAACCGCUCCAGCAGAGGAGUCUAAUCCAGCUGAAACCACCUGCAUCAACAAUAAUGUCUCUUCCUCACUAACUUUAGGAGAUAUGAACAUGAAUGUGAAUAAUUCAGAUUUUGGUUUUAUCGAUUCAGAUGGCUCUUCUCAGUCAGAGGUAGUUGAUACUCUCAAAGGCAUCAAGAGUUUUGGCGGGACUUUUCCACAACCGCCAGAAGCUUCACAGAUAGCUGCUUACCAUAUAGAGACGGUGACCAUAGCUGAGGAUUUGUUCACUUUGAAGGACACCUACAUCCCUGAGAUGAACUCGUCCUUUGAAAUAACUGCAUCAUCUAGCAAACUGUAUAAAGUCUCUUCAGUGUGCCAAGACAAUUGCUACGAUCUGAAUAACAUGGCAUCACAUGAUAACUCCAGGGUGAACAGCAGAGACAUCGCUGCUUUGUCGUUACAAAAUCAAGCACCUAAUGCGGACGGUUUUAAAACUGAAUCCAGAGAAGUUACAUCAAGAAGUUUGGCGGAUUUUAAAAAGACGAAAAAGGAGUUUGAUGAUAACGGAAACCCUCAAGCUAAAACAGGCGCUCUUAACCCGAAAGAGCCGUUUCCCGGGGUGGUUAGUGCACGUUUUAGACCAAAAGGGUUGUCCCGACAGAACAGCUGCGGCAGCCCAAGCAACCAAAGCAAAAGUGGAGAUCGAGAGUUCGAACAGUUCUUGUCCCUCGUUCAAAACAUUUCCCAAGUCAGUGAAGGACCGUUGUCAUAUCAGCCCUCUAAAUCAGCUCUUUCUUCGUUAAUGGCAUUAGUAGAUCAAAACGAGUCUAAUACGACAUCACAACUAUGUUCAAAAGACGACACAACAGUGACAGGAAAAUCCUCUGACAUUAGUUUUGAAGACCUUCACGCUAAAGUAGCACCAAACUCUAGAACCCCUUCAAAGUCAAAGAUUGGGCAAUCUUUGCAAGAACCCUCUUGUCCGUCUGUCCCGCGUACACUCUCCCUGUCAGCUGACGCACAGGCUACGCUCCACCCUACCCCUGUCUGUUGCCCCUCCAUACAUCCCUCAAGCAUGGGGCUCGAUGCCGGAGCCAACACUACUCUGGCUGUCGCACCCUACACCUCCUCCUCCUCCUACUCCUCUACCACCUCCACCACUGACCAGCCCCUGGUCGAUGCACGGCACUCACUUUUGCCUGAGGAGACUCAGCCAGCUAGCAACCUGCCCCAUCAGGAGAGCAGAACUCAUCCAGUGAAGCCGUUGACCUCCAGCCAAUCAGAGAAGAAGGAGGGUCGUUCGGUUCUGGAGAAGCUGAAGUCUACCAUCCACCCUGGACGCAUGGCCCACCACGCUGCAGCAGAACCUGAGAGGACUCAGGAGGUGACGGUGGACAACUCGGCCCAUUACCAGCAUCUGACCAACAUGGAGCUGAUCUCCCUGCUGCUGCAGCAGGAGAUGGACAUGCAAAAGCAGGACACGACCUCCGAGCGGCAGGCGGCGCAGCUGCAUAAAUGUGAGGCUGAGCUGAAAAAGGUCAAGUUACAGGUUCGAGACCUGGAGGACUACAUUGAUAAUCUUUUACUGCGGAUCAUAGAGCAGACACCCACGCUGCUGCAAGUGCGCACUAGACACAAGUGACAAGUGACGUAGCAUCCUCUAGAAUACUGACUCCUCAAGAGUGAGUGGAAAACACAGGGUUAUUAGUUAAGAUGGGGAAUCCCUGUUCUAGAGACAGUCAUACAAAUGCUCCACUAAAUCUGAUCUCACAAUCAUCCAGGUCUUCUCACUGCUAAUACUGCCUUGUUGAUGUAGACACGAUAUUACCCAACAUGCAUGCUGGUUACUAUCCUAAUUUGGCACGAAGAGAAAACCACUAGAAAUGACCAUUAUAAAAAGCUUCUAUCAAAGCCAAAUGAUUAUUUUACUCAUGCUUUGUAGAAUAAUUUAAGGUAGUCAGCUGUUAAACUUUAAACUCACUGCUUAUACACAUGCAUACAAUAAAAUACAGGCUAUAGGAAACACUUUUGCAAAGUGCAUUUAACUUAAAGAUUAAAGUAGUUCCUCUGGCAAAAUAUGAUGUUAGCUUAAGUAACCUUAAAAUUGCUGCUGUCGAAGUUCGACAUUUUGACACGAGUUUAAUCUCAAACAGUUUUGUGAGAUUGUGCAAAAAGGUUCACUUGAGGUAAUUGCAUAUUUUCAAAUAGAAUUUAAGAAAUGCUACAAAAAACAGCAACAUAAUCAUAAAAUGCUGCGCUGCAAUGUGAUACUAUAAAAAGAGACGUUUCUGCAUUAACAUCACUUUAUGCAAAAAACGGUAUUUGAGCCCGAAAAGACGAAAGAAGAUGAAGACUUAUUGUUUGCAUUUUGUCUCUUUGUUUUCAUUUUUACUAAAUACUUUGUUCGUUUUAGCCUUAUUUCCUGUUACACGCUAAAAUGAAAGAAUGUUUAUAUUUUUAUGUUUUGUUUGUCUAUUCUGCAUUUAUCUUGUGUUGACAUAGCACCGUUUUACUGUAGAAGUCACACAGUGCAGUAGAUAAGAGUAUUAUAAGUUAUUUCUAUAAAAUACUUUUGUCAUGAUAAUAUAUUCUCUAAUGUCACUCCAGUACCACUGUAGCUACUUGCAAUGCUUUACAUGACCUCAGUACUGUACUGUAAUAAAACAAAGUGCACAUGA